CGCCCCAGUUCCGUUACAUGCCUCUCCCGGUGAAGGGGAGCGAGGGAGAGGCAGGAAGGAGGCGGGGGCGGUCGCUCCGGGCGGAGGACACCCACCCCCCCCCACGGCCGGGCGAGAGGCGGCGGCGGCGGCUCGGCGGGGCCGGGGGAGGAGCGGGGCGCCGCGGAGGGCCGGGCCGAGGCAAACCCCCGGCCGCCGCAUCGCGCUGCGGGCCGGCCGCGCCGCCCCCCGCGGGGCGCUGAGGCGGAGCCGGCGGCCGUUGGGGCCGUUGGCGCUGCCCGGGGAGGCGCGGCGGGACGGGCGCCGGCAGCCGCCGGGGGAGCGCAACUGACCUUGUCAGCAGAGUUGACACCUACACCUGGAGAGGCAGACUGCGCUAGGCCUACGGCAUAAGCAGACAUCUUUGUCUGACUUCAUCUGCAGGUAAGAAGCUGCCGAGAGAAGUCUGCUGCAUUAUCUCUGGUAUAGCUGCAAGUAUGACUUGACUGAUUUGCAUUCAUGGCUCUUGGAUGAUCUGGUGAACCAUGGAGCUCAAAGUAUGGGUGGAUGGAGUCCAGAGAAUUGUGUGUGGGGUCACCGAAGUCACAACAUGCCAGGAAGUUGUAAUAGCCCUUGCUCAGGCUAUUGGUCGCACCGGGAGGUACACGCUGAUCGAGAAAUGGCGGGACACGGAGCGGCACCUGGCGCCGCACGAGAACCCCAUCGUCUCGCUGAACAAGUGGGGUCAGUACGCGAGCGACGUGCAGCUGAUCCUGCGCCGCACCGGGCCCUCCCUGAGCGAGCGGCCGACUUCGGACAGCGUGGCUCGCAUCCCGGAGAGGACUCUGUACCGGCAAAGCUUGCCUCCCCUGGCCAAGCUGAGGCCUCCCAGCGACAAAUCCAUGAAGAGGAGGGAGCCGAAAAGGAAAUCCCUCACCUUCACCGGCGGGGCCAAAGGGUUGAUGGACAUCUUCGGGAAAAGCAAAGAAUCCGAGUUCAAGCAAAAGGUGCUCAACAACUGUAAAACAACAGCGGAUGAGUUGAAGAAAUUGAUCCACCUCCAGACGGAGAAACUUCAGUGCAUUGAGAAGCAGCUGGAGUCCAACGAAGCCGAGAUCCGCUACUGGGAACAAAAGUAUAACUCCAGCCUGGAAGAAGAAAUCCUCAAGCUGGAGCAGAAGAUCAAAAGGAACGAAGUGGAGAUUGAAGAGGAAGAGUUCUGGGAAAAUGAGCUGCAGAUUGAACAGGAGAAUGAAAAACAGCUGAAGGAGCAACUGCAGGAGAUGAGGCAGAGGAUCCUCGAGUGUGAGAGCAAGCUGAAGGACUACAUGUCUCAGAUCCACAACAUGGAAAGUGGCCUUGAAGCGGAGAAGUUGCAGCGGGAAGUUCAGGAGUCCCAAGUGAAUGAAGAAGAGGUGAAGGAAAAGAUCGAGAAGGUGAAGGGUGAAAUCGAUAUUCAGGGCCAGCAGAGUCUGAGAUUGGAAAACGGCAUUAAAGCUGUAGAAAGGUCUUUGGGCCAAGCGACCAAACGGUUACAGGACAGGGAACAAGAACUGGAGCAACUGACAAAGGAGCUGCGACAGGUCAAUCUCCAACAGUUCAUCCAGCAAACGGGAACAAAGGUCACGGUGCUGCCAGCGGACCCCGUUGAGGUGGAGGCCCCGCAUGUGGAGCUUGAGAGAGGUGCAGCCCUCAGUGCUCUUGAGCCAACAUUUCAGUCUGGGUCACUGAAGCGCCCUGGCUCAUCGAGACAGCUCCCCAGUAACCUUCGGAUUCUACAGAAUCCCCUGUCGUCUGGUUUCAACCCAGAGGGCAUUUAUGUAUGACAGUACAUUCCUCUUCUGGAGAGGACCUAGCAAGGUACCCUGGACAAGAUACACUUUUAUUUUAUUCUGCCAAUGAUGAAUGGAAGAAGAUUUUGGGUUUUUUUUUCCGGUUAAGCCACCAUAUUUUUUUCUUCUUCUUCCUCCAACACACCACUUGGAGCCAUACCCUGUGCACUGAUGCUAAAGAGACAGAGGAACUGUCUCCAUUCGUAAUCGGCAAGGACGAACUUGCUGUCAACACAGCUAGAGCGCAAAAACCUUCAUUUGUUUUUGCUACUAAAGAAGUGUUUGGGAAAGUAUUGUUCCGUGUAUAGGCAUAAAUAAAAGACUGAGGGUGAAGGAAACCAUGUAUGCAACUUACCUGAGGUUUAAUUUAUUCCCUUUAAUCAAUGGACGUGUGAAUGUUGACCUUUUAUAUUUUUUAUUUUUAACUUGUGAAUAAUCACGUAUGGCUGUAUGUCAGUCUGACAAGGUGACUUUAAUUUGCGUGUACAACCCUCAGCCAUCCGAUCAAGAACAACAACUCACAGUGCAGAGUCCUGUGAAGUGCUGAACCAUCAAAAUGGUUUCUCACCACUGACUUUGUUAAUUUCUAUUGUGGGUCAUAAUAUGUCAUGUUCCAUCCAUUGCUACCCUUGAAGGUGUGAAAAGUGAGCUUGUGGGAUUUACUUGCUGUUGAAUCUGCCUUGAAUGAAGCACCUGGUGUUCAAAAGAUUUAUGGAAUUUGAACCUUAGCUUGGUAAAAAUAUUUCCAGCAUAUGAUUGAGGAUGCACUAGUUAGAUGAUAUUUUAUUAUAUAGAAUGUAUAUUUGAAAUAUUUUGCCACAUUGUAUAUGCCUUUUGAGAAAAGAACAACGUAAGAAGUUGUCUUCAUAUAUCUUACCAAAAGAGAGUAAGAGGCUUUCACUGUGUGUGAUUUUGUACUUUAUUUUUUCCACUAGCCAUUACAGUGUUCUUGUUUUGCAGUAAAUCUUGCUGUUGGAGGAGAAAAAAAAAAAACACAAAACAAAUGAGCAUUCUCUUCCAGCCUUCCAAAAUUCACUCAAGUUUUGUGGAGGGAAGAAACCUGGCAGAGUCCCAUGAAGUCAAUAGCAGAGCUUCUCCUGACUUGAGUGGGGCCAGGAUUUCAUGCCAGGUCCCCAGUGUUAAAUGGUAGACCUUAUUUCCUUUGAAAGAAGUCAGUUACAGAAUAUAAAGCUUACAAACAGAAAAUUCACACAUUUGGUAGCCACUUUUAAAAAAAAAAAAAAAAAAAAGUGAGAAGAGAACAUUAUCGUACCUUGACGUCACCCUAAUGCAAUCAGAGCUAAGCAAGGAUUAGACGAAAUGGCUUCCAUGCAGAAAGUGAAACACUACCAAGUAGCAUGUUGGUUACAGGCCUUGAGAUGAGAUUGCUAAAGUUGACACCAAGUUUGUAGAGAAAGUGACUGGCAUCAGUGGGACGCUCUGUGCACGUCAGGAGGCUGGCCUCAUGGAUGAGUUAAAGAAGGGAUGGGCCUUACCUAGUUGCAUUUGGAUUUCCUGUUCUAACAGCAAUUCAUACUGUCACCCCCACCUUUGAGAUCCCCUUGGCAUGAGAGGGGUCACUGUGCUUUCGCUGCAGUACUGGUUACCUGAACUUCAGUCAGUGGCAAAAGGACAGAGCUCCUGAUGCCUUUGGUGUAGGGUCAGGGUUUUACCACUGGUAGGAAACUCCAAGCUUUUUGCCAUAGAAAAAUACUUAAGAAUUCUUAACUCCUGGCAUCCUCUUGUGCUGAUUUAAUGAUGUGCAGAUAAACUGAAGUUUCCUUUUCUGAAAAAGGAGCUUCCUGACAAAUGGAAGUUUUAUAAGAUAUAGUAGAAGAUGAAGGACUCUUGAGUGUUUAGCGCAUUUUUCCCUUUCAACUUAUUAAUGGCAUCAUAUAUUCUAAAAAUGCUGCUGUAUUUAGACUAACAGCAACAGAUAAGGCUGUGAAUAUAUAAAGGACAUUUCCAAAUGGAUUCUGUAUUUUUAUUGUUUAACUUAUCAGGUUGGGGUUUUUUUGGUUAUUGUUGGGUUUUUUGUUUCAGUUUGGGGUUGGUUUUUGGUUUUUUUUUUUUUCCCCCCUUGUGAGCAAACUGGAGAGUGAGAUGUUCCUACCUGAGGGAUCUUAGCAGUGCUCACAGAUUUUACUGUUAGUUUAUCACAAUUCUGUGCUCAUGUUUACUGUGCCCAUAACUUUGUAUUUAAAAAAAAAAAAAGUAUGUGUGUAUAUAUAUUAAA